CAGCCCUUUUCUACAGCACCACCAGCUCGCCAGCCAUCCCGCCUCCUUCGCAAUGGCCUCCUCCCCCGCCAACCUCCGCUCCCUCUACCGCUCCCUCCUCCGCGAGCUUCCGCCCCGCCCCAUCCUCUCCUCUCCGCGAACUCCUCUCCACCACCGCAUCCGCUCCUCCUUUGUCGACUCCUCCUCUGCCGCAUCCUCCUCAUCCUCGCAUACCUCAGAUCACCAGGCCCAGCUCGCCCAUCAGCUCGUCGCCUACCUCCGCGCCCAGCGCAUGUACGUCACCCUCAUCGAGCGCUAUAAUCCCGGCAUGGAGAUGGGCCAGGACGAGCGCAUCCGCUUAACCGCCCGGAGAGUCGGCAUGGAUCUUCCCUCGGUGCAGAAGAAGAAGACGCAGUGAGCGCGCGCGAGCUCGUUGCGAGGAGAUGAAUUUUCUUCUUCUUUCUCUUUUUUUGUUUCUUUUUGGUUUUGUUCUGCCAUUCAACUCUUGUCUUUUUUUUAUACCUGAUUUGGGAGGGAUGCUGUCGUGUGACCCAUCACACGCAAUUAUAUAAAGACGUUUCCUGCGAAACGGCGCAGGAGGGGAUGGACACGCUGGAGAAGCCAAUGCCGUGUAGCAGUGCGCGGCUCUUUUACCAAUCACAUCGGAACACUUUUGGCGCUCUACGGCAACGAGCGUUCAAACGGAGAAUAUCCACGGACAAAGCAACCGUGUGAGUUUCAACUCAGUGCGCCACAAUGACGCGCACAUGUAUACAUACAAAAGGGGGGAGAUACCACAACACCAAAUGGGACACAGGGCCCGCACAGGAUCGGGAAGAAUGGGAGGGUGAGGGUGUCAGGAAUUUGUCUUGUCCAGGCCCAACUCUGUGCACUGUGUCUGGCAAGGCGAGGACAUGUAAAAAAACGGUCACUUUACUAACAACUGACCAUCUCAAGAUGAAGAGACUCUACAAAGAUAUAUCCGCAUCAAAAUAUCCGCUCAUGUUUUUAUAUAUGUAUAUAUGCGCUGUGUUCGGCCAUACAUAUCUACCUGGUGUAUAUAUAUACUUAUAUACAAUGAAAUAUCCAAAAAUGCCAAAGC